AGCUAAAGGUCUUCCGGCCAGACUGAUCAUCGCCAUAUAAGACGCAGUUUGAAUUUGUAGAAUAUCAAAAACACGUUUCUCUAUAUUUCAUUGAUCUCUCUUGACAUACAUCGAAAUUUUGCAUCUUUGAAUAUUAAAGAUAUGUCGUAUUUCUUCUGGAUUGUAAGAAAUUAUGCAUACGAAUAGCAGAAUAUUUAACAAAGAAAGAACUAUUUUUAAUAAUAUUUAUUUUUAGAGUUGGACGAGUUGGAUCCUACUUUCGUUGACGCACUUGGUCUUAAAUUAAAUCUCAUGUUACCAGUGUAUAGUGAAUGGAAGAAACAAUCUGAUAUUGAAGAUCAUGAAGAAUGGAAUUUAAUCACAUUCAUUACACAUCCCAGGUCGGAUAUCUCAGGCCGUAUACGGCCGUAA